CGAUCGUAAAAUAUGACGAGCGAAAAUGGACGAUGUGCACCCUGACCUUCGCCGCCCUUCUCUCGCCCGCUUUUCGAUCGUCUCUACCAAGGAGAGCAAUGACUGGAGUGGCCAAAUAGAUAAUAAUAACCACCCAACAAUCAAGACGAAACCAUUUGUAGUUGAAUUACAGGCUUCCUGGCCUUGACAAAGAGACCUGCUGAAUGAACCAGCAAACAACUUAAACGGGCUUUUCGAAAUGGUGAUCAGAAACCUUUUCAAUCGUUCGCUUCUUACCCUACUCAUGGUUAGACUUUCUCAUCAAACCGCCUCCUUUUGUCCUUUACCAAAUACUUCACUGGAUACCAGGGAUUCGGGUGCUUGGUAGCCAGGCCAGGAUGAGUAGCUCAGAAGAAUUGUCACAGUAUGAGGAAACAUCAACUAAAACUUCCAAAUCUUUGCAACAUAGUGAUAUAUCGGUGAUUCCACGAGAUAUGUACGGUUUGUAUGGAGUGCAUGUGAGCAAUCUUCCCUCGGACAUCUCUGAGAAACUUCUCCUCAAGACGUUCUCUUCUGUUGGUAAAGUAGCUGUUUGUAAAGUUAUGGAUCCAAAGACGCGUCCGGGAAGUCCUUUUCCUACUUACGCAUUUGUCAAAUUUCCAAGCAGAGAAGAAGCCUUUGAUGCAUUGUCAAAGUUUAAUGGUUACACACUCAAUGAUAGCAUCUUGGCUGUCAGACCUGCUUAUAUUUCCGAAAGAAUUAAAAAGUUUCAACCACAGAAACAUCGCCGCACGGACAGGAUUUCUAACAAAAGCGAAAUUAAUGGAAAUGCUGAUAGAGAGAAAGAAACUCCGAAAUCUUAUGUGAUGAAUUCGUCUGACUGCCGAUUGAGGGAUGGCAGGCUGCAAGAAGGUGAUUUUAUUGUAUAUAAUGGAACUUCCAUUAAAUCGUCUCCAACGAAGGGAUAUACCGGACAAGAAGUGGCUCCGCGGUUUAGAAAAAGUUCCUCACUCGAUGAUGCUUUAGAUAACUCAGAAAAAUUUCAAGUCGUUUCACCAGAGGUACCAUCUAAUUCAGCAAUUCAAGCACACCAAAAAUCAAAUGAUGAUCGAUCAGGAAUUUCUGUUGAACAAACAUCAGACAACACUGACAGCUGUUCAAACACAUCUUCAUCAGCAUUUCAUUUAUAUCAAGGGUCAUCGGGAGUGCAAAAGCGUUUACAAACCACUGGUAACGUUCAACAUCAUAGACCAGUGAAGAAUGGAUUUACACAAAUGAACUCAGAUCUUUCACAUCUGCGACUUUCUCCCUCAAGUCAUUGUAGUUCAGAAAAUUACCAUCAGGGAGGUGAAGCUUUGUCAAGGAGGGAUGAUGUACACCAAGGUGCACCUGUUUGGAUUCCAUCUCCACCUGGAAAUAUUGGAGUUACUUUCUCCAGCAAUAGAAACAAGCCAGCUAAUAGCCCAAGGAGGAGCUGCCUAUCGAGUUCCAGUGUAGCUACCUGGAGCACUACAGAUGUGGUGCAAUUCUUUUGUAAUACUGACUGUGCUGAGUAUGCAGGAUUCUUUCAAGAGCAGGAGAUUGACGGCAGGGCUUUGAUGUUGUUAAAUCGCGAUACAUUGUUGCAGUUUUUUAAAGUUGGACCGACACUUAAAAUUCUACAGCAGAUAGAUGAGUUGAGAUCAAAAGGUUAAUCACUUGUCACUUGUGUGAAAAAUUUUGUGGCUUCCCUUGGACAAUUUGGAUUUGUUUUUCUAACUUCCUACUGAAGACCAAUCUGGUUGUGGAUGCAGUUUUAUUGAUCCUGUUAAACUGCUGACAAGAUGGGGUCUCUACAGUGUUCAAUACACAAGACUUGGAAA